AACAGUUUAUUGAGGUUAUGUGAAGUUAAAGAGGCCGCCAAGAAACGUGCGGUAGGGUUGAAUGUUGAUUAUGAUUAUUUUUUAAAUGUUCAGACCUAGUUUUACAUAGAUUACAAUGCAGUUUUAUUUGGAAACACCCCUAUUUAUAGUAUUUUAUGUAUCACUAUUUUUGCCAGUAACUUUUUUCUUGUUAACCAUAUACUACAUGAAAAAAGAUGAAUUUUACACCAAAGUGAAUUGUUGGUUUUGUAAUACUAGUUCAAGUGUACUUUACAAAGAUAGAAAUAGUUUUGAAUGCAUACAUUGCACCCAGUAUAAUGGUUUUAAGGAAGAUGGGAGCUACAAUAAAGUCAUAGAAGCACAACAUGAUAUUUCUGGUACUAAAUUCACUAGCCAAAAGACUGAAUAUUAUGAAAAUGGGUUGUGUACUUACUGUAAUAAUAAUCAACAACUGAAGAUUUAUCAACUGGCCAAGUUUACCCCAAUAAAUGAAGAUAACUAUGACAUUGAAGUUGAACAUUUCAGGAAACAACUGGAAAAAGCAUAUAAGCUGUGUAAAAAAUGUGAUCAAACAUUAAAAACAACUUUAAAUAGGAAACAUUCAUGGUUAUUUGGUAACAGACUAAAAGACUUAAAAAGAAGAGGACUCGCCUAUCUUAAUCAAGCUAAAAUAUCUAAACAAGUCAAUGAGUCAAUUUUCUUAAAAUUUCUAAGAGUUUCAUUAAUAAUUUCUACUGCCUACAUUGUUUGCAAUAUUUUACAUAUUAGAAUCGUUUAUCCACAAAUUAACGUAAAUAAAUAUCUACCACAAGUGUUCAGUCCUUACAAAUCAAUUUUACAGGAUUAUUACAAUGAAUUUAUUAAUCAUUGGACAACACUUAGCACUGAAAUAUACAACCUUAACUCAUAUUUUAACAAUAACAUUAAGAUUAAUAUUUCUAGAUUGACUGUUGUAAGUUUUAUAAGUUUUAUUUUUGAUUUAAUAUUGUCAUUUGGAAAGAAAAGACCAUUGAUUUGGAAGAUAUACUGUUCAAUUAGCUGGAUAAUCAUGUCUACAACAUUGGCUAUGACUUUUAGCCAUAUUUAUGGUACAUAUAUUUCUUUUCUACAGGUCUGUACAUUGUUAACUCUGUUGUACAACUACAUUUGGUCCACGCCUUUGGAACAAGCACUUAAUGGCAAAGAAUUCCAAUUCAAGAAGAUAGUAAAACCUACAGAAAGUUUAGAGACAUCUGAGGAUGAAAGAGAUGAACAUAUUCUUCGUCCUUUGAAUCUACAAGCAAGACCUCCCACUUCCAAUAACCUCUACAGGUGUUCAUCUGAUGACCAGGUUUUAAAUAAUAGUUUCAGCACUGCCAAAAGUGUAACUUCUACCUCAGAAUUUUUUAAUUCAAAUAUUUCAAGUGACUUAAAUCGUAGUUUAGAUAAUUUACAUUUAAAUGUUAACCCUCAGCGCUGUACUUCACCUAUAUUUUCAGUCAAUUCUGCCAAGAGGUCAGUUGUAUCACCUGCAAAACUCAAAAAUAUUACACAAAACCCAUGGACUGCAGGAGGAUUUUGGAAAAACGAGAACCAUGUUCUUUCAGCUGUUAUAAACCCUACCAAUAUGAGCAGGUCAUCUAGUCAAACCUCUGGAUUUGUAUCGAAUCCUGCACAAGAUAUUAACAGUCCUUUUAGAUCAUUACCAGGCUCUAGGGAAGCUUCACUGAAUGGUGAUGUAGACAGGGUUUCUGUACUUUCAGAACCACUGUACAAUUUUUCUCCAAUCAGUCCAAGUUUGAGUACAACCAAGACCCCUCAGCUGUAUUAUAAAGCUGACAAUAACAUUUUUUACCCUGUUUUGAGUCAAAACAAUAUGUUGUUUAUACAGAAUGGAGUACCUCUACAAAGAUUUGAUUCAUUAAAUAAUACUCAGUUAUUUAGACAUGACAAUGGGUUUGUAGCGAACAACCAAUAUUCUCCAAAGAAUCCAAGCAGUCCUAAUGGAUCUAUCAGAAGUCAUGAUAUUGGUUUUAUAACUAACAACCAAUAUUCUUCAAAGAAUCCAAACAAUUACAAUGGAUCAAUCAGAAAUCAUGAUGUUGGUUUUACAGCUAAUAACCUAUAUUCUUCAAAAAAUCCCAGCAGUCCUAAUAGAUCUCUCAGAAAUGUUGACUCCCUAAGUAAUUAUCAGUCUACAAAGGGAACUAUAGAUGGAUCCGUAAGAAGUUUUGAUGAUAAAACUUCAGGUUUUAAUAGCAGAGUUCUUUCACCUGAUUUGGGUAGUGAAAGACCUAUCAGUGGGUUAUUUAAAAAUUUGAAUAUGAAUGGGAAUAUUAGACCUAACGUUUUAGGAUAGUUUGUAGAGGUAUCAUAUUGUUUGAAAGCGAAAAAUUUCAUACAAUUUAAGUGCCAUUUUAGAUGGAUAAGUACAUUAUGUUCUGAUUGUUUUCUUAGAUUUUUAAUUUGCAUGAUUAGUUUGUCGUGCAUUUCCAUAUACAGGUUUGGAACACCAAUAAAUGAAUAUAAAACUGAUAGAUCUUGAAACGCUGUAUGGAGCAAUGUGCUCAUAGCUUUGACGGAACAUUGAAAAAAAUCACGAAAAAGGCGAAAAAUUUCUGCUUUUUUGUGCUUUUCUGAUUGAAUAUCAAAAACCAUUAACUUUUACUAAAUGGUCUGUUAACAGAAAUUAAAGUACUUAAAAUUCUCUACAAAUAUCACUAUUUACUUUUUUUUUCAGACGCACCGUUCGGUCUAAACUGCAAGUUGAACAUUGCCAAUUUUUAACGGUCUCUGCAAAACCUACUUUAUUUUUAUUAGAAUGCUGUUAUUCUCCUAGUUUCUACUAGUGGAACUAUUAUCAAAUUAUUUGCUCAAAUUAUUAGGCCUGUAACUUGCUUCAAGGAUUUAGUUUUCUCUACUCCCUUCAACAAUUCUGUAAAUAUUGUAUCAUAAUCACUUGGAGGAGCGUUGAUGAAUGGCUGGUAAACAAUAAAUGUUAGUUCAUAUGGUAUGUCUCUUGUGACAGCUUCCAUGAAUCCACUCCAUCCUAAGAGGCUGGGAAUGUCUCUGCUUUUUCCAUAGAGCCACAGAAGAUCAGGCACAGAUGGAGUCACAGUUUCAGUUGAUGUGAACAUUCCCUUCGGAUCUGUUAUCUUGAUUUCUGACAAACCUUGAGGUUUUGUCAUUUCACAAUGAAUUAGUUGAACAGCUCCCUGACUUUCAUAAACAUCAGGCGCGGGUUUCGCUUUUAACCGAGGAAUGGAUUGGCUACGGACUACUGCAUGUCUUGGUGCAAUACAAGAAAUGCCACCCAUGACGUAAAAAGUGUGGUAUCUGUCGAUUGUAUGUACGUUAAAAUCAGCGUUAUCGUACACCUGCUCUGUAAAGCACGGCUGGUCAAUUUUCUGCGGAUUGCCUGCGAUUACUGACACUUCCAAACGAACAGCUUCUGUAUAGGAUGAACAAAACCUCAAAGAGGAAACUGCACGAACCAAUCUUCUGGAGCCGUACUUUUUGUAGAGAAACACAGCCAACCCUACAAGGAAUGGUGAGACCAACUAUCUGGGCCUUACUGCCGCUACAAGACUAUGAGCAAGCUCGUUACUUUUCUUCUUCCAGUUAUGAUACUCUCCACGUUUUUUAUGAAGUACAACUUUUUCCAUAAAUGUACGUAGUGUUUCAGGAAUGAGUUCUUCAUUUCCUUCUAAAAACUUAUCCGGUGGGGGGUAUUACUGUGUCUCAAUAACCUGGCUCCGGAUAUGCUCAACAAUAAUGGCAGCAGCCGUCUGAACAAUCCGUAGUCUUUCCUCUUUUUCAUAUUUUAAAGCUUGUUGGUACCAAGCGUCGUUCAAGAUUUCAUACCUCUAUCUUUGAAACAAAUUACUGACUUCUUGUUUUGAGACAUGGUAAUAAUUAUAUCACUUUCGUGUUUUUUAAGUGGAUGAGCUUUGACUGUCUUUUUGUCAGGACGAUAUUUACCCUUGAUUUGGUUGAUCAACUCCUCGAGCAAAAACUAGCACUCCUCAUUCAUAUUUUCUAAAUAAUUGUAAAUAUCUUCCAUUGCUUUCAACAUCAUCGGCAAAUGAACCCGACGAAUUUUUAAUAUUUUUGUGAGUGAUUAAGCGAUUGUACAGUUUUCUUAUGCAUAAACUAUGAUACUGGCAAUCAGAGGCUACUAAGUCUGAGACGGGCAAAAGGCAUUUAAUUAUGGCUUUUCCAUACUCAUCACUACGUUCUUUUUCUUUUCUUUAUAACAGUUUCUUUAAAUUUUAAAACUGAAAUCUGAUACACCAUAUUGCAAUUGGUUUUCUUUUUACUUUGCUGCCUUAUAAACUCAGAUGUUAUGACGAGACCACACACAAAACAUUGAGUUUUUAAAUUAUAUGGUGGUGCAAUAGAAUGUCUUUGAACUUGCUCCCUAUCCUCCUCAACUUUCUUCAAAAAAGCGGUAAUCAUUUUCACAUCAUUGUAGUUUUUACGAUAUUUUUCAUAAACCUCAACUGCAUUUUUUUUACUAUUUCCACUAGUAUAAACUAGGAGAGAUUUAUCAAAUGACAGCAUUCUAAUAAAAAAUAUUGUGGGUUUUCCAGAGACCGUUAAAAAUUGGCAAUUUUCAACUUGCACUUUAGACCGAACGGUU